GAAAUUCAUCGGGUUCUCAAACAGAGCUGUUCUUUCCAUUUGAAUUAGUCCCUGAUGACAUCAUGGCGACUGCAGCAGCAGAUGAUCUGCAUCCCCUGAGGCGCUGUAGGAGUAUUGAAUGGUUGCCACCUGACAUGUCUGAGUUGAGGGUUGUUCUGCUGGGGAACUCAUGGUCUGAGAGGAGUUCAGUGGGGAACCUCGUACUGGGAGAGACGGUGUUCAACACUGAGGAAGAACCAAACAGCGUUUUGAAAGAAAUGGGACAUAUAAAGGAGAAAGACAUAGUUCUUAUCAACACUCCAGAUCUGCUGCAUCCCACUAUCUCUGCAGACAAACUGACAGAACAUGUGACAGACUGUUUGAGACUCUCUGAUCCUGGACCUCAUGUGUUCCUGUUGGUUCUCCAGCCUGAUGACUUCACUGAGGAAUAUAAACAGAGAUUCUGUAGAGUUCUUAAAUGCUUCAGUGAUCAGUCCUUUGAUCAUUCACUGAUACUGAUAUCAACACCCAGAGAGCAGGGCUCAAGUGUCGAUAAAAAUGAUUUACAAAGUCAACCCUUAAAAGACAUGAUCAGAGAAUGUAGAUACAGAUAUCAAGAGCUGAAAAACCUUGAACUUCCAGAGCUGCUGACCCGUUUGGGUCAAAUUGUGAAAGAGCACAAUGGAGCGCAUGUCAGCUGUGAAGUGUUCAUGGAUGCCCUUGAUGACCUACAAAGAAUACAAAAAAAGGAAACAAGGCCCGGAAUCCUGGAUGCUGUUAUGUCUUCUGGUCUUUUUACCAGGGCUAACAUGGUGACACCUCCUCCCUCAGGGGAAAUCAGAAUUCUGCUGCUGGGGACAGAUGACAAAACAACAAAACUUGGAGACUUUAUCACUGGAAAAGAACAACACAUCUCAAGUGUCCUAAAAAAUAAAUUUAUAGGCAAACAAAUGGUGCAGAGGGGAGAAUGGAGAGGAAAACCUCUAACAGUUGUGAAAACUCCAGAUGUUUUCAGUGUUUCUGUGGAGAAGCUGAGACAAGAGAUGAAGAAGGCUGUGAGUCUCUGUCCUCCUGGACCAAAUGUUGUGCUGCUGUUAGUCAAACCUUCUGAUUUCACUGAAGAGAACAGAAAAACACUGAAGUUCAUCCUGAGUUUCUUCAGUCAAGAUGCUUUUAAACACUCAGUGGUCAUCAGCACACAUGAGGAGGAUAAAACAGUUGUCUCUUUUAGAAGACUCAUUAAAGACUGUGGAGAACGACACUACAGUAUGGCCGACAACAACCGUGAUGUAUUAAUGCAAAAGAUUGAGAAAACUGUGCAUGACAACAGAGGAACCUUUCUCACUGUCAUUGAGGAUUCAGUCGCCCCAAAGUCUGGUCUUAUGAAAACAGCUUUGAGCCUGGUUCUGUGUGGAAGGAGAGGAGCAGGGAAGACUUCAGCAGCUGAGGCCAUUUUAGGUCAGACAGGCCUUCAUUCAGUCUCCAGCUCAUCAGAGUGUGUUAAACAUCAGGGAGAGGUGAGCGGACGUCAGGUUUCCCUGGUGGAGCUUCCUGCCCUGUAUGGAAAACCUCAGGAGGAAGUGAUGAACGAAUCACUCAGGUGUAUCUCUCUCUGUGAUCCUGAGGGCGUCCAUGCCUUCAUCCUGGUUCUACCUGUGGGUCCACUCACUGAUGAAGACAAAGGAGAGUUAGAGACCAUCAAGAACACAUUUGGAAGUCAAUUCAAUGACAUCACUGUGUUGCUGUUCACUGUUGAGUCAGAUCCCUCAGAUCCAGCUGUUGUUGACUUUCUAAAUGAAACCAAGUCCAUCCAGGAGCUUCUUCAGAACUGUGGAGGAAGAUCUUUGGUUCUAAACAUCAAGGAUAAGCAGCAGAUCCCAGAGCUGCUGGACAUGGUGGAAAAGAUGCACGAAGAUAAAUCCAAAUCAUUCAUCUUCACAAUACAAACAUUUGCACAUGCCCAAAUAGAAAAGAUCAUAACUCUACAGGCUGAGCUGAAGAAAACAAAAGACCCAGUCAUCUGUGAUGAGAAGCUGAGUGAAGAGAGUCUCAGGAUUGUGCUGAUAGGGAAGACUGGAUGUGGGAAGAGCUCUUCAGGAAACACCAUUCUAGGAGAGAAGACAUUUGAAGCCAAAUCAUCCCAAAAAUCAAUCACAAAAUGUUGUGAGAAAGCACAAAGUGAUGUGAACAGUCGUCCGGUCACUGUGGUCGACACUCCUGGUCUGUUUGACAAUAGCUUGUCCCAUGAAGAGGUUAAUGAAGAGAUGAUUAAAUGCAUCAGUCUUCUGGCUCCAGGACCACAUGUCUUCCUGUUGGUGUUACGCAUCGGCCGAUUUACACCAGAAGAGAAGGAGACAUUAAAACUCAUCAAGGAAGUCUUUGGGAAGAAUGCUGACAAGUUCACCAUCGUUCUUUUAACUGGAGGAGAUUCAUUAAAGCAUGAUAACAUGUCCAUUGAAGAAUACAUUGAAAAGGAAUGUGAUGAUUCCUUUAAGAAACUGAUUGCUGACUGCGGAGGAAGAUACCACAUGUUUGAUAACCACGAUGACAAAAACAAAACUCAAGUCAGUGAGCUAAUAACAAAGAUUGAAGAAAUGGUGAGAACUAAUGGAGGCAGCUGCUACACCAAUGAGGUGCUGCAAGAAGCUGAAGCCGCUAUAAAGAAAGAAACGGAGAGACUCUUGCAGGAGAAGGAAGAAGAGAUGUGGAGAGAGAUGGAGGAGCUUCAAAUGAAACACGAGGAAGAAAUGAAAGAAAAAGAAAAAAGAAUGGAAGAACAGAGGACAGAAAUUGAAAAGGAAAGAAAACAGAGAGAAAAACGACUAAAAGAAAAGCAGGAGCUGAUCAACAAGGAUCGUAAGGAGAGAAAGAAAGGAGAGCAAAAGAGAGAAGAAGAAAACAGGAAAAGAAAGCGAGAAGAAGAAAUUAAGAAACAGGAAUGGGAACAGAAACUCUCAGCUUUGGAGAAACAGAUAAAAUCAGAAUCAGAAUCAAAGGAAACCAUUGACAAAAAGCUGGAGGAGACUAGAGAAGAGAUGAGAAAGAAACAAGAGACUUGGGAGAAAGAAAGAAAAGAAUGGUGGACAAAACGGACACAAGAGGAUGAACAGAGACAACAGGAGGAACGAGCAAAACUUGAAAAGCUCAAAGAUGAAUUCGAGAAAGAAAGAGAGAAUAAUGAAAAGAAAAGAAAGGAAGAGGACAAAUACAGAAGAGAACAGGAGGAGAAGGAGAGAGGAGAAUUGGAGGAAAACUACAAGAAACAAAUGAAGGAAAUGAAGGAUAAGUAUGAAGUGGAGGCCAGAAAACAAGCUGAAGAACUCAAUGAUUUCAGACAGAAAUACAUGAAGGACUUCAAUGUACUGGUAGAGAAACACAUGGAGGAAAUAUGUGAGUUGAAGCAAAGACAAGAAAGACAACUGCAUGAGGCAGAAGAGAGACGUGACAAAGAUUACAAGCUUUUACAAAACCUCUCAAAAAGCAAAGAAAAACAUCUGAAAGAAGAAAGAGAGGAAUUGAAGAAAAAGCACGAACAAGAAAUAAAUGAAAUGAAACAAAAAUACGAAAGCAAAUGUAUCAUCCUCUGAUGGUUCCAUCAACUCUGGCUUAUGACAUUAGCUGAUUGAACACCGUCCGUUUUAGUUUUGUGUCUAGCUGGACCAGUGUCCAAGAACGCCACAAAGACAAUUCCAAUAGUAACUUAAUUCUUGCUAAGAUUCAUGGAUGUGAUGUCAUGUAAAACAAACACAUGAUACCUGUGCCCUAAUGAAAAGGAUAAGUGCUCAACCAAACACUAGGACCAUGACGUCCUUCGAGGAAAAUGUUUAAAUGCAGACGUUGCUGACGCUGUGUUCUGGCCAGGAGAAAUCCGCCCUGUGUAUACAGUAAAACAGGCCUGUUCCUGCUAAGAAGUGAUUCCUGUUUGACUUCUCAAUUCAGUUUAGAUGUAAAUCGAACACAAGGUCGCCAUUGCUCCAAAUAUUGUUUGUACAAUUUUAGUAAUUUCAGGUUUUAUGAUCUUUGUAUUUUUAAAAAAAAAUUGUCUUUUAUUGUAAAAUAUGUUUUUUCGUUUCCUAUAUUUGGUUAUACAUUUAUUUAAAAAAUGAACAUCAAGGAUUUUAAGGAAAUAUUUUGGUAAUUUUUUCAAGUUUACUUAUUUUUGUAGAAAUGUUCUGAGGUAAAACUUAUUUUGUUUUUCUUUUUUCUAUGUCUGUGAUAAUAAAAAAUAUCUUAACAAGAGAA